GGCAUGCAUCGGCUCAGAAUCCUAGGGCUUUCUUCAAGUUGAGAUAAUUUUCUACAGGUCGUUUUGGGAAGGGAGCAAACUUUUCUAUCUACAUUUUCCCAGCUGACAUAAAUUGUGUACUCUGGGGUUGCAUUUGGAAAUUUUCCCAGAAAACAGACAAAUAUUAGUUUGCACAAUCCAGAUGGUGUAAAUACUUAACUAUUAAUUUAACAUAAAUUCAGUAUUUCCUAACUGAAAUUUACAAAGGGAAUACAGACGUCAUUUGAGCUCCUUUUGGAAUGGAUGGCAAACAAAGACAGGAUGCUAUGCAUAUUGAACAGAAUACGGCUGAGUUGUUACCCAGAAAUCCAUACUGUUCAAAUGAAGGGAUGCCCUGUGGUUGCAGAUCGCCCAUCGUGACCUUACAGCCGCAGUGGGUGACAGCAAAACCGUGGUCACUCUGGAAAACAUUUCUGGUGUGUCUACUGGCCUGUCUAAUUGCUACGACCCUUGUGGUUCUGCUCUUUUAUUUUGUCCACUUUGGCAAGCCCACCAAUGGCACCACCGUCAUCAUUCAUGCAGACAGCCAUUCCAAUCAUGUCACCUGCAUCCCUGGUUCUUCCACAUCCUCUCUCUCAACAUCCUUAUCUGGAUCUCAGAGUACCUUACCUUCUAUUGCUGUGGCCAGUCAAAGCCCCUCUACCAAAGAGCCUCCACCUCCUAUGGAGACAACUAAAUCCACAACGUGGGAACAUGAAGUUAUCAUUGAAGAUAAAGAAUGACAUUUGGGGGGCUUUUAGCCCUCCUAAAGCCAAAGCAACACCCUUACCCUGAAAGAGACAUGUCCAAGGUAUUCUCUUCUCCUGCCAAGAGGUUCCAAAGCAUUUAGCACCAUGAGACUUUGCCCCCUUGCUUAGUCAUCGUUGUAUUCCCAUAUGAUAAUGACUCAGUCUUGGGCCCUCCAGUGUUUAAAUAAUUGGAAAAGAAAAUAUUCAGCUGAGCCUGGUUGAUUCUCCAGGCUGGAGUCCAGAGGAUUUUUUCUUUUCAUCCCUCCUACACAACCAAUCUCAAUUUCGCUAAUGAGGAUUUCGACUGCUUAAAGGGCUGUCUGCUUCCUGUGUGCUGGUUCUCAAGCCAGUAUUUACCACCUGGUUGUUGAUUAUUUUCCAAUUGCAUACACUUGAAUAUUUUCAACUAAAGAGGUUAAUGAACAUAAAUUAUUACAUAACUAUUGAUUAUUACGGAAGCAUUUUUCCUAUUGGAGAGUUCAGAAAAGAGGGCAGAUCAGUGAGGUUAGGUAUAAUCAAGGAAGAUUUCAGAGAAGGGCUGCAAGUUGAACAAGGGUGAAAGUUUAAGUCGAGAUAAUUAAAACAUAAAAUGUGAGGGCUAAGGGAUUUCAUAGAUUUAAAAUCAAAACACACUUAGAAACACUUCAAAUGUAACAAAUGAUGUAUUUUAUAUAUCUGUACUUUUUCACCAAUGUUAUCAAUAUUAUUUUCUAUACUUGAUAUUUUGCUUAAUCUCUU